AUGUUAAAAGUUGGUAUCGAUGGUUGUCAGAAUCAAGUUAACGGUAACUGGGAUAAAAAUAAAUCAAUUUUUUUACUUUCUUUUGUCAGUACAUCCCGCUCACAAUCUCAAGAUGUCGACAAACCUUCCCGCGAAAAAGCAAGAAGGCGAUAAACCGGCGUAAGUACAAACUUAAAAUUCGUACUGAAUGAAGUUAGCUGAUAUUCUGUGGAAAUAUGUUUGCCCUGAGCUGCCCUGAUUAAACUAUAGCUAGGUAAAACCCCAAUAAUCUGCUCAUGUGUUAAUAAAUCAAUUCGAUGCUUGGUGUUAGCUUAAAUUUGUUAAAUAAAUAAGCUUAUGUACAAACUUGCGACUUUUAGCGUGUAGGUCUUGCAGAAUGUUCGUAUUUCAUAUUUUUCUCCAUUUUGAAAAUUUUAAUUUCCUUUGAUAGCAGCGAUUUCCCUCAGCGAUGAAAGCUUUGUGUGUGUAUGCUUUUAAGCAACACUUUCUUGCAACUUCGUAUAAGCUUAUGUUUAAAAUUAGACUAGCCGACAAAUAGCAAGAAGGUAAUCCUGGCAAACCAGUAUGUACAUAAAUAAAUUUGUUAUAGAAAUACACACACAGACUUGUAUAUAUUAUAUAAAUGCUUACACAUAUAUACGUAAUAUAUAGAUUUAGCCAGGGCUAAAAGCGAAGCUCCCAUUAAUAAAUUUAUAUUUUAAAUCAAACAAUACACUUGUAAUCCACAAAUCAGUUAACUUAAGGGCACAUUCAUGUGACUUUUGAGGGAAAGGAUAAGUUACUUUGAGUGAAACAUCUUACAUCGAGUUGAUAGCCUAAAUAUACAUGUAUGUACACGCAAAAAAUAGCAAACAUCUUCUAUCACAUUCAAGAGCCAUAAUGGCUCUUGAUCACAGUAGAUUAGGCCUCGAAAACAAAUUCUUGGAAAACAAAUCAGGCCGCAUUUUUUUGCCUUCGACAGGUUUACUUUACAAAUUCUUGCCAACAAAUCUUAGGGUGUGUAAACCAACCUUUUAUACUUUUUAUACAUCAAAUCUGAGGUGAAACAGCACUUUUUAUCAUACAGACCUCGGACAGAAUACGGCAUUUCACAAUUUUUCAAUGUUCAGGACGAUCAAUCGUAGGCUUUUAUUGAAACCGUUCAAAAAAUUUCCAAAAUCACCCAUACGGCCAGCCGGUUCUCAUUUUUAGUGUGAGCUGUCAGUGUGGUCGAGUGUUUGAAUGAACUUUAAUGGAGACACGCUUCAACAUAAUAACGAAUUUAUUGUCAUUAUCUUUUGUUAUUUAAUGGUUCCAGUUAUAACGGUGUGUAAUCUUUAAAGCGUUUGAUAGGCGUGACAUUUCUAAGUACUCCUGCAAGCGAUAUUCAUGAACGAUGAAAUCAAACACCACGGACAAGCGAUUAAAAUUGCAAGAGAGACUACUAACAAUCAAUAAAAGAAAUACAAUUCGGUAAAACACUUACAGAGACAACAAUUUUCAGUCACGAAGACAAGUAUGAAACUGUCUCUAAAAAUCCUGAGCCGUUUAAGCUUAAAGCUUAAGUUUAUUUUGUUUUACUUUCAGCCGGCCUCUCGGUGUUUGUUUUUUUUUUCAAAGAUGAACUCCUCGAAGCAAGAAAAUCACUCACAAAGUUUUCUUUCUACAGCCAAAUUUAUAACUAAAUAUUCUUCGGAACGUUUUUUUUCUAUUUGCCGUGAGAAAAUAUAUCUGAAGGCCUUUUAAAGUUCUGUAAGCUUAUAUCAAACCUGAUACUAGAUCAGAUCAUUGACUUAAAUCUUAAACAAACGUGCAAAAACUUGCCGCAUAAACUGUGCUCGAUUUCAUGAAAUUAGAUAUAACAAAAACAAACAUCAAAUACAAUAAUUACUCAGGCUUACCAUUCGAGAUUCAGUUCCUGAAAGAUAUCAAGGAAGGCCAUAGUUGCUUGAGACUUUUAAACCCUCUUACGCUUUGAGCAAGGUGAAAGACGAAAACGAUGCCAUCCGAAAUCGGAUUACCCAAUUUUGACGAGCGACGCAUUUCUCAACCAAAAACCCAAUAAACAAACCAGCCAGGCAUAACAGAAGACUCUUGAUAGCAGCUGUAUUUCAUUUUGUACAUCCAGAGGAAAAAGACAGUUAAAAACAUCACAAGUUGACACAAAACUCUGUCAGCUUUAGCUGUCAAAGUAAACAACUUUCAAGAUGCUGCAUAAAUUUUCCGCAUGAACUCACCUGUCAAAUUUUGACCAAUCAGAGUACAAAAAUUGGACGUAGAGCGUGACCAACGCGUGACCAUGGUAAGAAAAGGUCUUCCCCGCCUUUAUUUUUAAAAAAGUGGCUGAAUUUUCGCGUCCGAGGUCAGUUUGAAAUCAAAAUCUUGACAGUGCGGGGCCAUAGUGACAUAAACACAACAUAUUUCAUAUGAGUCAUUGGAAAAAAUAGACUUGAGCCUGCGAUAAUUUGAAACUGGUAAUUUGUCAGCGGAUAACUUCAAAAAAGUACUUGACCUAGAUGGGUCGACACUUGAGCCCGCGCUACGGUCAGGUUAUACUGGUCAGCGGAUAUCCUGUUUUGACGGCUGUCAAUUGAUCACAACAGUGAUGUGCAAUUAGUUUUCUAUUGGGCUCCCAAACUAGCAAGAAAGUGUGAGUUAACAUUGGUUUCCCUGUGGUGCGGACGGACGGUCGUACGGUCACGUGAUUACCAAAUUUUCUCGGAUGGGUAGAUUACCACAUUUCCUUAGCUAUGGGGCUCCGUCCACGCGCGCGCUUCGCGCGCGGGUGGAGCUCCGCUAUUAUAGUAGUUAUUUCCUAAAUAUUUAUAAAAGAAAAAGAAGAAGUGAUGAAGCAACUGAAACAAAAGAACAGUUAUGUCAAUAGAGAAGCUACAGAAAAACAAACUUAGCUUAUCUUAAUUCUUCAUUUCAUUAAUUAGUGUAUCUACCUCUAGACAGCUAGGAGUCUUCAGGUUCUAAAAUAUUUUUUUCCAUGAUUGUGGUAAUACAACCCUUUUUAAUAAUUUUUUGUUGUAUUGCUUGUUUCAAUAUUUAUCUGCAGUGAAAAGAUGAUGUUUUGGACUGACAGACACGAUGUAAUUCUCUGUCGAGAAAUUUUGAUACACAAUCCCUUUCAUUACAAGAAGAGCUCAAUUCAAAGAGGACAGGUUUGGAAUGACAUCGCUGAACGACUUGUUGCAGUUGAUGAAGAAAGAUUCAAGUCAGAUUUAGACAGAAGGGGUGUUCGUGAUCGAUACAACCUGUUAGCAAAUAAGCUGAGAAGAAAGCUAAAAGAUGAAAGGAAAGCUUCCGGAAUUGAAACUGAUAUGUCAGAGGUGGAAGUUGCUCUGGAAGAUUUGAUCGAGAGGGAAGAUGAAUCGAAUAAACAGCACAAGGAGAAUCAAGAUCAAAACCUAAAGAGGAAAGAAGAUCGACAACAGGCUGAAGAUAUUCGCACAAAGUCAUUGGAGAGACUGGGGGAAACUCAGAAACGAAAAGGGCAAGACAGCAACCUUCAGACCAAAGCUAAGAAGAAGAGGGCAACUGGAGGAGAUGCAGUAGUGUUCUUAAGAGAAAGAACUGAGGCAAUGGUUGCUGCUCGUAAGGAGGAGGUCAAUAUGAAAGUAAAACAACAAGAGGCUGAGAGCAAACGACACCAGGAUUUUCUCGAAUUGAUGAGGCAACAACAACAGCAACAGCAGCAGCAAAUGCAUAACAUGCAAGCUAUGCUUCUCCAACAACAGCAGCAGCAAACUCAGUUGAUUAUGGCACUCGUGUCUAAGUUAGACCAUAAAUAA